CUUAGCCCUCGCCUCGGCGACGAGAUUGGUUAUUGGAAAGCUAAGCGAGCUGCUACCGGCAUUUACCUGCGUCUGCGCAUCAUAGAAGUGGCCUCCGUAGCUGUCGUCGCCAGCAGCUUUAAAGCGAGACGACCACUCGCCGACGCGGCGGAGAUAGAGCCACAGCACGCUUGCAGUCGCUGGACACACCACACUCACCGCACCGCCCCCCGCAGAUACCAUGGCUGAGACCAGACCCUUAGUGACGGUCUACGGCGCCGACGGCGCGGCCACCGGCGCCUCGGUACCUUUACCGGGCGUCUUCGCGGCCCCGAUCCGGCCGGACGUCGUCCGCAGCGUGCACACGAACAUCGCGAAGAACGCGCGCCAGGCCUACGCCGUCAUGAUGAAGGCCGGCCACCAGACGUCGGCCGAGUCCUGGGGCACGGGCCGCGCCGUGUCGCGUAUUCCCCGCGUCCAGGGCGGCGGCACGCAGCGCUCGGGCCAGGGCGCCUUCGGCAACAUGUGCCGUUCGGGCCGCAUGUUCGCGCCGACGAAGGUCUGGCGCAAGUGGCACCGCAAGGUCAACCUGAACGAGCGCCGCUACGCCGUGGCCUCGGCCAUUGCCGCUUCUGCCUGUCCGCCGCUCGUCAUGGCGCGCGGCCACCGUAUUGAUGAGGUCCCGGAAUUACCUCUCGUCGUGGACUCGUCGGUCGAUUCUUUAGCGAAGACCAAGGACGCCGUGAAGCUCUUGGCCGCUCUCGGCGCCCAGGCCGACACGGACAAGUGCGCCGAUUCCAAGAAACUAAGGGCGGGCAAGGGCAAGAUGCGCAACCGCAGAUAUGUGGGCCGCAAGGGUCCUCUCUUGGUCCAUGCGGGCGCGGAGCAGUUACCUAGAGCCAUGAGGAACUUGCCGGGUGUUGAUUUAUGCCACGUCGACCGCCUCAACCUUUUAUUGUUAGCGCCGGGCGGCCACUGCGGCCGCUUUGUGGUGUGGACCUCGGAUGCGUUCGCGAAGCUCGACGCCAUCUACGGCACGGCCGGCUCGGCCGCGCUCAAGAAGGACUACGUCCUGCCGCGCGCGUGCAUGGAGAACGCCGACCUCGCGCGCCUCAUCAACAGUGACGAGAUCCAGUCCGUCGUCCGCGCGGCCGAGGAGGACACGCAGCGGCCGAAGGCGCCCAAGAAGAACCCGCUGAAGAACCUCGAGGCGAUGCUGGCCCUGAACCCCUACCAGCAGGUCGUGCGCGACAACGAGAUGAAGGCCCAGAAGACGAAGAAGCCCAAGUACGCGAAGCAGGACAAGGCGCGGCGGGCGGCGUCGACGGCGUUCUACAACGCGGCGCGUCUCGAGGGCGAGGUGACUUUAUAGAGGACGCGUCCCGUCCACACGAGUAAUUUAUUGCUUUUAAUUGCUCUCCCGGCGUCUGUGCACCGGCCUGGGUCCCUCCCACUAGCAGUAGUACUAGUCUGAAAACGUGUUAAACAGCGGCGCGACGGGCGGACGGACGCUCACUCGGCGAUCUCGACGUCGCCGACAUCAAGCCCGUCUCCUCCACUAUCCGCCGCCGCGGCCAGCGCCGCGCGCGACCACUCCUCGUCGGCCUUCGAGUGCUGCACCGGCGCGGAGUCCGGCUCCUUCCUCUUUCGAAAGCAGACGCAGUAGACGGCCGCGGCGACGAAGAUCAGUACGAUGAGGGCGAGGAUGGCGAUGUUGCCGACGCAGCCGAAGCCGACGCCGCCGAUGCUCAGGUCGCAGACGGCGUCCAUGUUGUCGCGCCUCAGCCGAACACGAAUACGCCGCAGCGGCGGCGAACGGAUGCACCGCGAAUAUCUAGGAUGGAGGUCACUCUAUGCGGACGCCAUGCGUGCGCCACUGCCGCGCGGGGCAGCCCUGGUUGUUUCGGC